CAGAGCAGUCACCUUUCGCAGCUGGUCUUGCCCUUGCAUUUUAAUUGCAAGUUAAUUUAUUCGCAUCAGAUGACUGGAACGGUCAUAAAAAUUCAUUAUUACCAAAGAAUCAAACUAGAGGAACAGUGUAAGAUUAAUAGAAACGACAAAUAAAAGUUCUACAAUACCUUCUGCUUCAUCGAUUUACUCUAGCAGUAUGGAGCGAGAUCUUCAUGAAAGAGACCGCGUUGGAGUACAGGACUUUGUCCUUCUCGAAGAUUUCCAAAGUGAGAGAGCUUUUGUUGACAAUCUUCGCAAACGGUUCAAAGAGAAUCUUAUCUAUACUUACAUAGGUCAAGUUUUAGUGUCAGUAAAUCCAUACAAAUCGUUGCCUAUUUAUGAUGCUGCAACUAUUGAAUAUUAUGAAAGGAGAAAUUUCUUUGAAGCACCACCGCACAUAUUUGCUUUAGCUGACACGGCAUAUCGCUCGCUGACUAAAGAAAAUCGAGAUCAAUGUAUUUUAAUCUCCGGUGAAUCCGGUUCUGGUAAAACAGAAGCAUCCAAGAAAAUUUUACAGUUUAUUGCUGCUGCAACUGGCCAUAAAAAAAAAGUUGAAGCUGUUAAUGAUAAAUUAAUAGGCAGUAAUCCAGUUCUUGAAGCUUUCGGGAAUGCCAAGACUAAUAGAAAUGAUAAUUCUUCGAGAUUCGGAAAAUAUAUGGAUAUUCAAUUUGACUUUCAAGGCGAUCCAAUAGGAGGAAACAUCCUAAAUUAUCUAUUGGAAAAAUCUCGGGUGAUUCAUCAAUCAACAGGAGAAAGGAAUUUCCACAUAUUUUAUCAGCUUCUUGCUGGAGCAAGUGAUGAAACACUUCGUAAAUUAUUCCUUAAGCGUAAUCUAGACACUUAUUAUUAUCUUAGUAAUGGAUCAAAAGGAACAAUAGAUACUAUCGACGACGUGAGCCAGUACAAUUGUGUAAUUGAUGCAAUGAAAACUGUAGAAUUGAAUCAGCAAGAACAAGAUGAUUUGUUUUCUAUCGUUGCUUCAGUUUUACACAUGGGCAACGUCGGUUUCACUGAAGAAGAAGGAAAGGCAAAGAUUCUUAAACCUGAAUCUGUUAAAGCUGUUGCUGCUCUUCUAGGAUGCGAUGUAAAACAACUAGGAAAGGCUUUUACUCAUCGUAGUAUUAAUGCACAUGGAGAUGUUGUGAUAUCUCCCUUGAAUCGAGAACUUGCUAUUUAUGCAAGAGAUGCUUUAGCAAAAGCAGUUUACGAUCGUUUAUUUACUUGGCUAGUUGCUCGUCUUAAUAAAUCACUUCAAUUUGAUGAUCAACAUUUGAAAAAUAAUGUCAUAGGAAUUUUAGACAUUUAUGGCUUUGAAAUCUUUCAAAAAAAUAGUUUUGAACAAUUUUGUAUCAAUUUUUGUAAUGAAAAACUUCAACAGUUAUUUAUACAGCUUACUUUACGAAGUGAACAAGAAGAAUAUCUUCGUGAAGGAAUUACUUGGGAGCAUAUUGAUUAUUUUAAUAAUAAAGUAAUUUGUGAUUUAAUUGAAGAAAAACAUAAAGGUAUUAUUUCACUGAUGGAUGAAGAGUGUCUUCGUCCUGGAGAACCGACAGAUUUAAGUUUUCUAGAGAAACUUAAUGUCAAUCUUAACAGUCAUCCUCAUUAUAUUUCUCACAUGAAGGCGGAUAUCCAAACUCAGAAAAUUAUGGGUCGAGAUGAAUUUAGAUUAAUUCAUUAUGCUGGAGAUGUCACGUACAAUGUUCGAGGAUUCCUGGAAAAAAAUAAUGAUCUAUUAUUUAGAGAUCUAAGAGAAGUAAUGUCACAUACAACAAAUUCAAUCACAAAGAAGCUUUUUAAUGUUGAAGAUUUGACAAGUAAAAAACGUCCAGAUACUGCAAUAACUCAAUUCAAAAAUAGUUUAAAUAAUCUUGUAGAUAUUUUAAUGGGAAAAGAACCAUCUUAUAUUCGUUGCAUUAAACCAAACGAUUUUAAGCUUUCCAGUCAAUUUAAUGAUAAGAUUGUUGUUCACCAAGUCAAGUACCUUGGAUUAAUGGAGAAUUUGAGAGUAAGGCGAGCAGGCUUUGCUUAUAGAAGACCUUAUGAACAGUUUCUUCAGCGAUAUAAAUCGUUAUGCCCUAAUACUUGGCCUUCGUAUCAAGGUCCAGCAAAAGAAGGAGUUCAAAUUUUAGUCUCUUAUCUUAAUUAUGCUGAUAAUGAAUAUCAAAUGGGAAAUACUAAACUGUUUAUUAGAUUUCCAAAAACUCUUUUUGAUACAGAAGAUGCUUUUCAAAGGAAAAAGAAUGAAAUAGCAGCAAUUAUUCAGAGUAAAUGGAAAGGAAUAUUGCAGAGAAGAAGAUACUUAAAAAUGCGCCAAGCUGCGAUUAUUUUAGAGAAGUAUGUGAGAAGAUGGAUUGCUAAGAGAAAAGCUGAUAGAAGACGUCGAGCUGUACAGAAAAUAAGAAGAUUCAUUGAAGGAUUUAUUACACGCAAUGGUCCUCCAACUGAUAUCAAUCAAUCUUUCAUUGAAUUAGCAAAAUUCCAAUGGCUAAUAAGACUUUCAAAAACAUUACCACCAGGAGUUUUAAAUAAUUAUUGGCCUCCUUGUCCUUACGCAUGUAGAGAAGCUUCUGAACAUUUAAGAGUUAUGUACAAAAAAUGGAAAGUGAGAAAAUAUAGACUUUCAUUGUCAGAAGCUGAGAAAAAACAAUUUGAAUUGAAAGUUUUGGCAGAACAACUAUUUAAAAGAAAGAAGAAUUCGUAUCCAAAGAGUAUUGGUCCAAGAUUUGAAGAAGAUAGAUUAGGAAAUGAAUAUAAUGCUUUGAAACAAACCUUCAUUGCUAAUGUUCUUCCUGCUGGUGAAAACUGUAAAUAUUGCACACCUGUAGUUAAAUAUGACCGUCAUGGAUAUAAACCGAGAGAAAGAGCUUUGAUAUUAACUGAAAAAGCUGUUUACAUCUUGGAUACUAUCAAGCCUUUUAAACUUAAACAUCGUCUUCCUUAUGAAUCUAUUCAAGAACUCGUUGUCACUGCGGAAUCUGAUAAUCUGUUAAUCGUUCGAAUUCCUCCAGAACUAAAAAAAGAUAAGGGCGAUUUAAUCCUCGAAGUACCACACAUCAUAGAGGCCCUCACCAAAGCUAUUAGUAUCACUAAUAAUCCGAAAAUUUUAAAUAUUGUCAACAAAGAAACGGUCUCACAUAAACUAGUCAGUGGAAAAGAAGGCACGAUAGAGUUCAGGAGAGGAAGUACUCCAGCAAUCAGUAAAAAUAGACAAAGUGGCCAUCUUUUAGUGGUUGCUACGCCUUAAAGUAAUAAAAACUACAAUUUUUAUGAUAUAAACUGUUAAAACUGCCUCAUUUAAUGUGAUUUUAAAAAAGGAAAACGUUAUGUAACAAACAAAAAUUAGCAAUAAUAUAUUUAAUAGACGCUAAUGGCUUUAAAUAAUUGAACAUGUGGAAAAUAAAAUACACUGUAUAUUGUUGACACCGAUAUUCUUCCAAUAAACUGUUAAAUUAUAAUCUGUUAACAUGAA